AUGUUUGUCGUCUCUGGGAACCUUGCGGGGCUCAUCUGUUCGACCAAGCAUGCGCUUCACAUUGUCGAUUCGGCCGCUGCCAUGAGACAUCUGGUGCCUGCUACGACGACGAUGACGACGACAGCCGCAACCAUGGCAUGGCGACGGCGACUAUUCUCGACCACGACACCAUUACAUAUACGACCCAGCGCACCCGUGCUGAGGACCACCAACAGUGGCGGCACCAACAAGAAGUCGGGUAGCGGUACUCUCUUCUUGGGGGGUGGGGCCGAUGGUGCCCCUUCCAAGUCCAAAAAACCUACGCGGAAUCAGAGCUCCAAGAUGGAUGCCAGGUUGGAGGACCGAGAUCGUGUGGACUCGGUCAGCAACGGUCACGAUCCCAAGACGCGCAUCCGACUGGCCAUGAACCAGCACACUGGCCGACACGACCAGUUCCGAAAAGCCGUGCUGGCACGCUUCCAGACGGUACUGAGCGAGCUGGAGGGUGCCGAGUUCUCGGUCACGGGCGUGAGCCGCGACGAGCUCAACCGGCAGGCGGGCCUGUUUAUGAACGCGCUCGACGACGCCUUUCUCCUGGCGCAGCGCAACAUCUCGAGUCGCGGCAGGAACCCGCUGUUCUGGAACCUGCGAGAGGCAUUCAUCACGCGGGAUGCCAAGGGGGUGACGAACGAGAUCCGGUACGCCUUCCAGUCGUUCAUGGUGCGCAACCGCUUCAGCAAGGGACUGGAGCUCAACCAGCAGCGACUGCUGGACCUGCGCUUCCCUCAGGAAUGGUUCCCGGGGACGCGGGAGAUGCAGCGCAAGGUCCACGUGCACGUCGGCCCGACCAACUCGGGCAAGACGUACAACGCCAUCAAGGCGCUGGAGAAGUCGCGCAGGGGCGUGUAUGCCGGCCCGCUGCGGCUGCUGGCGACGGAGGUGUACCAGCGGUUCACCGCCAAGGGCCUGCCCUGUGCGCUGCUGACGGGCGAGGAGGUGCGCAUCCCCAAGGACACGGACCGGUACUUCUCGAGCUGCACGGUGGAGAUGAUACCGCUCAACUCGCGCUUCGACGUGGCCGUCAUCGACGAGAUCCAGAUGCUCAGCGACCCGGACCGGGGCAGCGCAUGGACUACGGCGCUGCUGGGCGUGCAGGCCGACGAGGUGCACGUGUGCGGCGAGGAGAGGGCCGUCAACCUGGUCAGGUCGCUGUGCGCCAGCGUGGGCGACGAGUGCAUCGUCCACCGGUACGAGAGGCUCAGCCCGCUGCGGACCAUGGACACGGCGCUGGACAACGACUUUAGCAAGCUGCGCAAGGGCGACGCCGUCGUCGCCUUCAACCGGCUCUCGCUGCACGCGCUCAAGCGCAGCAUCGAAAAGUACACGGGCCGCCGAUGCGCCAUCAUCUACGGCACGCUGCCGCCCGAGGUGCGGGUGCAGCAGGCGGCCCUGUUCAACGACCCGGACAACGACUACGACUUUGUCGUGGCCAGCGACGCCAUCGGCAUGGGGCUCAACCUCGAGAUCAAGCGCGUCAUCCUCGACUCGGUCAGCAAGUUUGACGGCUCGCGCAACCGCCGGCUCACGUACCCCGAGAUCAAGCAGAUCGGCGGGCGCGCCGGGCGGUACAGGUCGGCCAACAACCCGGACGGCAAGGGCUCGGACGGGUCGCAGCCCAACGUCGGCUACGUGACGACGAUGGAGUACGCGGAUCUGCGCAGCGUGCAGACGGCGUUCAGGCGCGACGUCGACGACCUGGAGGUGGCGUACAUUGCGCCGCCGCCGGCCAUCGUCGAGCGGUUCGCGUCGUACUACCCCCCUUCGACGCCGCUCUCCUUCAUCCUGAACCGGAUCCGCACGGCGGCCGUGGUGGGCGAGCGGUUCCGGCUGAGCGUGACGGCUGAUUCCCUACAGAUCGCCGACAUCGUGCAGGACCUCCCGCUGUCCAUCUACGACAAGCUGACGCUGUGCAACAUGCCGGUGCGGAUCAAGACGGAGACGUCGACGCAGACGCUGCGGGCUCUGGCCGAGAUCAUCGCCAACAACGACGUGGGCGACCUGCUGUCGAUCCGGGAGAUACCGCUCGAGUACCUGGAGAUCGACAUGUCGGACACCAAGAAGCGGGCGCAGGAGUACCUCGCCAAGAUGGAGGCCCUGCACACGGCCGUGAACCAGUACGUGUGGCUGUCGUACCGCUACGCUGGCAUGUUCCGCAACCAGGGGCUCGCCUUCCACAUCCGCACGCUCGUGGAGCAGCGCCUCUCGGACCUGCUCGACCGUCUCGACUUUACGGACAAGGACCUCGAGAAGAGACGUCGGAUCGAGCGUGCCCGGGCCCAGAUGCAGCAGAUCAACCUCGAUCCCCUGGACGGCGAAGAGGAAGGUGCGGACGGCUAUGCCGGCGAAGCCAUCGCGGACAGCACCCCGGAAGUCGAAGUCGCCGACGUUGCUACCACGGGCCAAGAGGAUGCCGAGAUUCUGGAUGAGAUGGUGGAAGCAUCGAAACAGGCGUCAUACCUCCACAGCGUGCGCGGGACCGAACGGUGA